AGAGAGGAGGGGACAGAGAGGUGUCCUGGGCCUGACCCCGCCCAUGAGCUUGAGAAGUGCUCCUGCCCUGGGAAGAGGCUCAGCACAGAAGGAGGAAGGACAGCACAGCUGACAGCCGUGCUCAGGAAGCUUCUGGAUCCUAGGCUCAUCUCCACAGAGGAGAACACGCAGGCAGCAGAGACCAUGGGGUCCCUCUCAGCCCCUCCAUCCACACAGCACAUCACCUGGAAGGGGCUCCUGCUCACAGCAUCACUUUUAAACUUCUGGAACCCGCCCACCACUGCCCAAGUCACUAUUGAAGCCCAGCCACCCAAACUUUCCGAGGGGAAGGACGUUCUUCUACUUGUCCACAAUUUGCCCCAGAAUCUUACUGGCUACACCUGGUACAAAGGGCAAAUGACGGACCUCUACCAUUACAUUACAUCAUAUGUAGUAGACAAUGACAUAAUUAUAUCUGGGCCUGCAUACACUGGACGAGAAACAGUAUAUUCCAACGCAUCCCUGCUGAUCCAGAAUGUCACGCGGGAGGACACAGGACCCUACACCUUACACAUCAUAAAGCGAGGUGAUGAGACUAGAGGAGCAACUGGAAAUUUCACCAUCACCUUAUACCUGGAGACUCCCAAGCCCUCCAUAUCUAGCAGCAACUUAAACCCCAGCGAGGCCACAGAGACUGUCAGAUUAACCUGUGAUCCUGAGACUCCGGACGCAAGCUACCUGUGGUGGAUGAAUGGUCAGAGCCUCCCUAUGACUUACAGGUUGCAGCUGUCCAGAAGUAACAGGACCCUCAUUAUAUUUGGUGUCACAAGGGAUAUGGCAGGACCCUAUGAAUGUGAAAUACGGAACCCAGUGAGCGCCAGCCGCAGUGACCCAGUCACCCUGAAUGUCCUCUCGAAGCCACCCAAGCCCUACAUCACCAUCAACAACUUAAACCCCAGGGAGAAUAAGGAUGUCUUAGCCUUCACCUGUGAACCUCAGAGUGAGAACUACACCUACAGGUGGUGGCUAAGUGGUCAAAGCCUCCCGGUCAGUCCCAGGGUAAAGCGACCCAUUGAAAACAGCAUCCUCAUUCUACCCAGUGUCACGAGAAAUGAAACAGGACCCUAUCGAUGUGAAAUACGGGACCGAUAUGGUGGCUUCCGCAGUGACCCAAUCACCGUGAAUGUCCUCUGGGAGUAUCUUUUGUUCCUCUAUGGUCCAGACAUCCCCAGCAUUCAUCCUUCACUCGCCCAUUACCAUAUAGGAGAACACCUCUACUUGUCCUGCUUUGCGGACUCUAACCCACCGGCGGAGUAUUCUUGGACAAUUAAUGGGAAGUUUCAGCAAUCAGGACAGAAUCUCUUUAUCAGCAAAGUUACUAUAAAGCAUAGCGGGCUCUAUGUUUGCUCUGUUCGUAACUCAGCCACUGGCGGGAGAAACUCCAUAUCCAUGAGAGUCAAAGUCACUGAGACAGGGUCUCCCCAAGUUACCUAUGCUGCUCCAAACACCUGGUCUCAAGAAAUCCUUCUGCUGUGA